AUGCACCAAGCCGGGGCCUUGACCCCCCUUCAGAAAUGGGCCGCCUCCGCCUCCGACUCGCACUUCAACGCCGUUGCCGGUGCCGUGGGCGGAUUUACCUCGGGGGUCGUCACUUGUCCCCUUGACGUGAUCAAGACGAAGCUUCAGGCACAGGGUGUGUAUAGAGUGCUGCAGGAUGGACGCCACGUGGGACAGCCGAGGAUGUACAAUGGGCUGGUCGGCACAGCCAGCGUGAUCUGGAGGGAGGAGGGCAUUCGGGGCAUGUACCGUGGCCUGGGUCCGAUUAUCAUGGGAUACUUGCCCACCUGGGCAGUCUGGUUUACCGUCUACAACAAGAGCAAGGUUUGGAUGGCCCAGUAUUCCGAUAACACGCAUCUGGUCAACUUCUGGUCUUCUAUUGUCGCCGGUGCCAGCAGCACCAUCGUCACUAAUCCGAUAUGGGUCAUCAAAACCCGGCUCAUGUCACAGAGCCAGUCGCCGGCCCGAGAUCAUGCGCAUUACAUGUAUCCGAAGCCCGGCAACACCCCGACUGCCCGACCGACGCUGAACCAUCCGUGGCACUAUCGAUCUACGCUCGAUGCUGCUCGGAAGAUGUACACGUCUGAAGGGCUGGUAUCGUUCUACUCCGGUCUCACGCCCGCACUCCUCGGAUUGACGCACGUGGCUGUCCAGUUUCCCACGUACGAGUAUCUCAAGACCCAGUUCACCGGCCGGGGGAUGGGGGAGGGCGCAGGAGAAGCACACUGGUUUGGCAUUCUUUCGGCAUCGGUGCUCUCCAAGAUUUUGGCCAGCAGCGCCACUUACCCCCACGAGGUCAUUCGAACUCGCCUGCAGACCCAGCGGCGGCCGGUAGCCGGAGAACAGUUCUUGCAGGGUUUGGGCAUCGCUGAACCGAGUCCAGCCAAAAACUCCGCGACGGACAGCCGCAAGUAUCGCGGCAUCGUCAUGACAUUCAGGACUAUCCUUCGGGAGGAAGGCUGGAGGGCAUUCUACGCCGGGCUGGGGACCAACAUGAUGCGCGCUGUGCCUGCGGCCACGGUCACGAUGCUGACAUACGAAUACGUCAUGAGAUUUCUUCACCGAGCAAAGGAAGAAGGCAGGGCCAAAGGCCACGGAUACGAAACGAGAGGUGGCCAUGAGUGA